AUGUGCCAACAGAAUGCUACAUUGACAACCAUUUACGCUGAGACUAUCCACUCGACAAAGAGCAUCACAGGUAAAAGAUUGAGGAUUGAGCUCACAAAUGCAAAGGAGAUGUUGGAAAGAAAGAUUUCGAAAAUAACCCUCGGCGGCGGCCGGGGUGAGCGACGGCGACUCGGUCCUCAACAGCGGCGGGGGCGGCGGCGGCGUGAACGGCAGCUUCUCCAAGGCUCUGACCCCGGCGCCGUGUCGCCCGCCUCCAAGAAGUCACCUCGCCUGCCCAAGUGUGCCCGCUGCAGGAACCACGGCUACGUGUCCGCCCUGAAGGGCCACAAGCGGUUCUGCAUGUGGAGGGAGUGCCAGUGUAAGAAAUGCAACCUGAUCGCCGAGAGACAGCGGGUCAUGGCAGCGCAGGUGGCCCUCAGGAGACAGCAGGCUCAGGAGGAAGAACUGGGCAUCAGCCGACCAAUUCCACUCCCCGGAGCCGCGGAACUGCUCAUCAAGAGAGAGAAUGCAACCCCGAACAGCUCUUGCGCCCUGGGCACUGGAGGGUCUGGACUGACUUCCAACCCCAACACACCGGUCACUUCCUCAGCUACACCUUAUGAGGGACGUUUGCAUCUCCAGGAUAUCCCUUCCAUAACCAGCAGAGGGCACCUGGAGGCCACCCCAGACCUGGUAGUGGACUCUUCCUACUACAGCAACUUUUAUCAGCCAUCUCUCUACCCAGCUUACUACAACAAUUUAUACAACUAUCCCCAGUACCAGGUGGCGGUGGCAGGAGAUUCACCAGCUUCAGAUGUAAGCUCAACACUGGGAGGGACAACAGUGAAAAACAGCCUUCGGGGCCUCUCUGCAUCAUUAGUGUCUGGUCAGACAGGAAACCAAUGGCAGCAAAUGAAGACCCCAGAGAAUCGGUUUCCAGGCCAUAAUGUGACACCACAGUACAGGAUGCAUUCUUACUACUCUGCAGCCUCAUACCUGGGCCAAGGCCUGAGCACAGCUGCUUGUGUUCCUCAGUUGUUUACUCUGGAAGAUGGUUCUUCUUUCUCAGAUGUAAAAUCCAAUGUAUUUUCACCUUCCAGUAGUCAGGACUCAGGUUUGAUCUCUCUGUCCAGCAGUUCCCCUGUCAGCACUGGAAGCAUUAAACAAGAGUGUGAAUCUGUCACCGAGUCUGGCACCUUCUCUGUUGAUUCCAUUAUUGAGAGUGCAGAGUGA